GGAGGGAUGCCAUGGCUUGGGGCUUGAGCUGAGCUGGAGAUCAGACUUUUGGGGAGGGCCUUGCAGGAUAGCCACCUGCCUGUGCGUCCCUGGUGGCUCGGCGGACACCCAGCCGCCGCCCCGCUCCUCGUUACCACGGCAACCGCGCGGCUCCCGCAGCCCCCUCCACCGCGGCGCCGACUUCUCCAGCGCGGGCUGUGGUGCGGGGCGGCGAGCGCGGACAGAGGCAGACCCCGAACCCCAGUCCUUCCUGCCUGAGCCCACCGUGACCCUCCGAAUCCUGAGAGAACAGGGAGGAAGAAACAAGGAGGAGACGGGGUGCGCCACGGGGAAGCUCCCCUGCUGGCCUCCGGGCGUUGCAUCUGCAAGGCGCAGCACCUGUGCACCAGGACGCGGGGGGGGGGGGGGGGCAGGAACUCGCCGCUGAUGGAGGAGACCCUGGGGCGAAGGCCUACCUGGUUAAGGUGACAGUGCCGGGCGGAUCAGCAGCCAGCCCACCGCCCCCUGCAGGCGUACCAAGACCCCAGAAGCAUGGAGGAGAGGAAGCAAGAAGCCGUGAACCAGGCUCACGUCCUCUUUGACCGGUUUGUCCAGGCCACCACCUGCAAAGGGACUCUCAAGGCCUUCCAGGAACUGUGCGACCACCUGGAGCUGAAGCCCAAGGACUACCGCUCCUUCUACCACAAGCUCAAGUCCAAGCUCAACUACUGGAAGGCCAAAGCCCUCUGGGCCAAGUUGGACAAGCGGGGCAGUCACAAAGACUACAAGAAGGGGAAGGCAUGCACUAACACCAAGUGUCUCAUCAUUGGAGCUGGACCCUGUGGUCUCCGAACAGCCAUUGACUUGUCUUUACUGGGAGCCAAGGUUGUUGUUAUCGAGAAGCGAGAUGCCUUUUCCCGCAACAACGUCCUGCAUCUCUGGCCCUUCACCAUACAUGAUCUUCGAGGUCUGGGUGCCAAAAAGUUCUAUGGCAAGUUCUGUGCUGGAGCUAUCGACCAUAUCAGUAUCCGUCAGCUCCAGCUCAUACUUUUGAAAGUAGCCUUGAUCUUGGGCAUCGAAAUCCAUGUCAAUGUAGAAUUCCAAGGACUUGUACAGCCUCCUGAGGACCAAGAGAAUGAACGGAUAGGUUGGCGAGCACUGGUGCACCCCAAAACUCAUCCUGUGUCUGAGUUUGAAUUUGAAGUGAUCAUCGGUGGAGAUGGCCGUAGGAACACCUUGGAAGGUUUUCGUCGCAAAGAAUUCCGUGGCAAACUAGCUAUUGCCAUUACAGCAAAUUUUAUUAAUCGAAAUACAACUGCAGAAGCCAAAGUGGAGGAGAUCAGUGGCGUGGCCUUUAUAUUCAACCAAAAGUUUUUCCAGGAAUUGCGAGAAGCCACAGGUAUUGACUUGGAGAACAUCGUUUACUACAAAGAUGACACACACUAUUUCGUUAUGACAGCCAAAAAGCAGAGUUUACUGGACAAAGGGGUGAUACUGCAUGAUUACACUGACACCGAACUCUUGCUUUCUCGGGAGAAUGUGGACCAGGAAGCCCUGCUGAACUACGCACGGGAGGCAGCGGACUUCUCCACCCAGCAGCAGCUGCCUUCUCUAGACUUUGCCAUUAACCACUACGGGCAGCCCGACGUGGCCAUGUUUGAUUUCACAUGCAUGUACGCCUCUGAGAAUGCUGCCUUGGUGCGGGAGCAGAACGGUCACCAGUUACUAGUGGCCCUGGUUGGGGACAGCCUCCUAGAGCCUUUCUGGCCAAUGGGAACAGGAAUAGCCCGGGGCUUCCUCGCUGCUAUGGACUCUGCCUGGAUGGUACGAAGCUGGUCUCUAGGAGCCAGCCCCCUGGAAGUCCUGGCCGAGAGGGAAAGCAUUUACAGGUUGCUGCCUCAGACCACCCCUGAGAAUGUGAGCAAAAAUUUCAGCCAAUAUAGCAUCAACCCUGUCACCAGGUAUCCCAAUAUCAAUGUCAACUUCCUCCGGCCCGGCCAGGUGCGCCAUUUAUAUGAUACUGGAGAAACAAAAGAUAUUCAUCUGGAAAUGGAGAACCUAGUGAAUUCCCGAACUACUCCCAAACUGACCCGCAACGAAUCUGUAGCUCGUUCCAGCAAACUGCUGGGCUGGUGCCAAAGACAGACGGAUGGUUAUGCAGGAGUAAAUGUGACAGAUCUUACUAUGUCUUGGAAAAGUGGCCUGGCCCUGUGCGCAAUCAUCCACAGAUACCGCCCUGACCUGAUAGAUUUUGAUUCUUUGGAUGAGCAAAAUGUGGAGAAGAAUAACCAGCUGGCCUUUGAUAUCGCUGAGAAGGAGCUGGGCAUUUCUCCCAUUAUGACCGGCAGAGACAUGGCGUCAGUGGGGGAGCCUGACAAGCUGUCCAUGGUGAUGUACCUGACUCAGUUCUACGAGAUGUUUAAGGACUCACUGUCCUCCGGCGAUACCUUGGACCUGAAUGCUGAAGAGAAAGCAGUCUUGAUUGCCAGCACCAAGUCCCCCAUCUCCUUCCUGAGCAAGCUCGGGCAGACCAUCUCUCGGAAGCGCUCUCCCAAGGAUAAGAAGGAAAAGGACUUGGACGGAGCUGGGAAGAGGAGAAAGACUAGUCAGUCAGAUGAGCAGGAAGAGGUUUCCAGGACCUGCAGAGGAGAAAGACCAACCCUGGUGAGCACGCUGACGGAUAGGAGGAUGGAUAUUGCCGUCGGGAACCAGAACAAAGUGAAGUACAUGGCUACCCAGCUACUGGCCAAAUUCGAAGAGAAUGCGCCUGCCCAAGCCACCAGCAUAAGGAGGCAGCCGACACAAGAGCGUGGGGUCAGCCAGCCGUCCUGCCGCCUGCCUGAGCAGGGUCGCCCUGCUCCCAUCCCCCUUUGGAAACAGCGACGAGAAAAGGGACGUUCUCGGACCUGCCCCAAAAAAGUGAUCACACUGUAUCCUCCCCCUACUCCACUUCCCUACCAGGCGCGCAGCGGCCAGCAGAGUUACAGGGAUCUUGAUGCUGACUCCCGUGGCAAGCAGAGUCCCCGCCAGGAGAGGCCAGAGCCUGAACCUUCUCGUGGAUUUUUUGUUGACCAGUGGGAGCUUUCCCUUAGUCUCCGCUCCUCUACUCGCCCCGCCUCUCCCUCCUCUGACUCACUCCGACAGAAGUAUAUAAAGAUGUACACAGGCGGAGUGAGCUCAUUGGCUGAACAGAUAGCCAAUCAGCUGCAAAGGAAAGAGCAGCCCAAAGCCCUUCUAGACAAGAAGGAACUGGGCUCCCUGAAGAAGGAGUUCCCGCAGAACCUGGGGGGCAGCGAUACUUGCUAUUUCUGCCAGAAGCGGGUCUAUGUGAUGGAGCGGCUCAGUGCUGAGGGCAAGUUCUUCCACCGGAGCUGCUUCAAGUGCGAGUACUGUGCCACCACUCUGCGCCUCUCGGCAUACGCCUAUGACAUCGAGGAUGGUAAAUUCUACUGUAAACCACACUACUGUUACCGACUCUCGGGCUACGCACAAAGGAAGAGGCCAGCAGUGGCUCCUCUGUCUGGAAAGGAAGCCAAAGGACCCCUGCAGGAUGGCCCUGCUGCAGACGCACACGGACGGGCCAGCACCGUUGCCAGCUCAGCCGAGAGGACCCCAGGUUCCAGCGUGAAUGGCCUGGAGGAGCCCAGCGUCGCCAAGAGGCUGCGAGGCACUCCAGAGAGGAUCGAGCUGGAGAACUACCGGCGCUCUGUGAGGCGGGCAGAAGAACUGGAGGAGGUGCCUGAGGAGACGCAGGCCGAGCACAACCUGAGCAGUGUGCUGGACAAGGGCACCGAGGAGGACGUGGCCAGCAGCAGUUCUGAGUCGGAGAUGGAGGAGGAGGAGGAGGAAGAGGAGGAGGAAGGCCAGCUGCCCCCUUCUGACCUGGGCGGUGUUCCUUGGAAGGAGGCUGUGCGGAUCCACGCCCUUCUGAAAGGAAGGAGUGAAGAGGAGCUGGAGGCCUCCAAGGGCUUCGAGGCUGGGGAGGAGGAAGAGGAGGAAUACGAAGAGGAGGAGGAGGAAUACGAGGAGGAGGAGGAGGAAGAGGAGGAGGAAGCAUCUAGUGAAGCCGGGAACCACAGGCUACAGCAGAUCAUAAAUCCGGAGGAUCCCUUGGCGAUCCAGGCCGAUGUGCACUGGACACACAUUCGGGAGAAGGAGGAGGAGGAGAGGAUGGUCCCAACCUCCGAGUCCUCCACUUCUAGAGCACCCGGCCUCCCCUCUAUACGCCGCGCAGCAGUGCAGGCCUGGCUGGAGACGGUCUCUGGAGUCCCCUUGGAUGAGGACGACCUGGAGGAAGAUGAGGACUCAGAACCAGCCGAAAUAGAAGGGGAGGCAGCAGAGGAUGGGGACCCAGGGGACACGGGUGCUGAACUGGAUGACGAUCAGCACUGGUCUGAUGACAUCCCAUCAGAUGCUGAAACAGAGCUUCGAUUGCGGCGCCAGGCUGAAGUGGAAGCAGAGCUAGAGCUGAGGGUGUCAGAAAAUGAGGAGGAGGAGGAGCCACCUGCCUUACAGAAGCAGCAGGAGAGAGAUCCCUCCCAGGCCCCGAGCCCCACCUGGUCCCCUCAGGAGCAAGCUGUUCUCUACACUCCGGCCCACAGCCCUGUGACAGAGGGGGCGCAAGUCCCACUAGCCUCUGUCACCAACAAGGUAAAAUCCCCUGAGGAGCCCCUCUUCCCUGCACCUCUGCUGCCCCAGGAGAAGCCCAAGGCUGAAUCCCCCGUGGACCAGCACGCUGCGAGCUCUCCCCUGAGCUCCCCUAUCCGGUCACAGCCGGUGGCUCUGCCUGAAGCCAGGACGCCUACCUCACCGGUCAGCUUGCGGCUCACGCCCGUGGCCCCCUCAGUACCCCCCUCCGCUCAGCUUCCUAUUUGCUCCCAGCCUCAGCCUUCCACAGAGGCCACCAUCCCAUCCCCCACCGAGUCCCCCAUCCGCUUCCAGCCCAUUCCUGCAAAAGCAUCCACACCCCUGGCUCCGCUGCCCACGAAGAGCCAGGGUGACCCCAAGGACAAGCUGGGCAGCCCUCUCGUGGUGGAGGAAGCUCUGAAACGCAGCGACCUGGUGGAGGAGUUCUGGAUGAAGAGCGCUGAGAUCCGCCGCAGCCUGGGGCUCACGCCUGUGCCCCGGCACAAGGGGCCCGAGCCCAGCCUCCCCCUGCCUGCCAUCAAGCCGCUGUCCCUCAAAUCCUACUCGGUGGAGAAGUCCCCUCAGGACGAGGGUCUCCGCCUUCUGAAGCCAUCACCUGUUCCCAAAAGGCUAGGCCUGCCCAGGUCUGACGGCGGCGAGCCGUUCUCCCUGCCUACUCCCAAGUCGCCGCCGGACCGGGAACUGAGAAGCUCCCAGGAAGAGCGCAGGGACUUAUCCAGCAGCUCCGGCCUGGGCCUCCACGGCAGCUCCUCCAACAUGAAGACCUUGGGCAGCCAGAGCUUCAACACCUCGGACUCCACCAUGCUCACGCCGCCUUCCAGCCCGCCCCCGCCCCCGCCCCCCGACGAGGAGCCCGCCACCCUGCGCAGGAAGCCGGAGUCCAGGGAGGCCGAUGCCCUGGCCUCUGUCGUGCCCCCGCCCCCGCCCCCGCCCAGCUUCAUGCGGCCCCCUCGGGAGCCGGCCCAGCCCACCAGGGAGGAGGUUCGCAAGUCAUUCGUGGAGAGUGUGGAUGAGAUCCCCUUUGCGGAUGAUGUGGAGGACACGUACGAUGACAAGACUGAGGACUCCAGCCUGCAGGAGAGGUUCUUUACGCCCCCCUCCUGCUGGUCUCAUCCAGAGAGGCCACCCCACCCACCGCUGGCCAAGGAGAACGGGAGGCUGCCUGUACUGGAGUGCGACAGCCAGAUACAGAAAAGAGGGCUCUUCUGGGUCUCCCCGGAGGCCAAGGAGCUGGCGGAGGAGCGCAUGCGAGCCCGGGAGAAGUCUGUGAAGAGCCAGGCGCUGAGAGACGCCAUGGCCAAGCAGCUAAGCCGGAUGCAGGAGAUGGAGACCAUCACUGGGGCCUCCAGGUCGCGUAAGGCGUCCGCUAUGGCCAUUCAGGGCAGAGAACGCAGGUCGGAGUCUCCCAGGCAGCCACGUCUCAAAGGUUCCGAGGAGCCUACCCUGAAGCAGGAAGCCACCAGUGAGGAGGUCCUGUCGCCACCCUCCGACUCAGGGGGCCCAGAUGGCUCCGUCACCUCAUCCGAGGGCUCUAGUGGGAAGAGCAAAAAGAGGUCAUCCCUCUUCUCUCCGCGCAGAAGCAAAAAAGAGAAGAAGCCCAAAGGGGAGAGCCGACCCCUGGAGAAACCCAACUCCAGCCUCCUGGAGGAGGUGGCUGCCAAGCCCAAGUCCUUGUGGAAGUCCGUCUUCUCUGGGUAUAAGAAGGACAAGAAGAAGAAGAGCGACGAGAAGUCCUGCUCCAGCACGCCGUCCAGCGGAGCCACCGUGGACUCUGGCAGGCACAGGAUGUCUCCGAUGGUGAGAGCAGAGCUGCAGCUCCGACGCCAGCUGAGUUUCUCGGAGGACUCGGACCUCUCCAGUGACGAUGUACUUGAGAGGACCUCCCAGAAGUCCAGGCGAGAGUCGAUUUAUGUACCACACGCCUUGGCGUUCAGGAGACCCCACUCAUCAAAGCCAAGGACCUACACAGAGGAGGAGCUGAAUGCCAAGUUGACCCGGCGUGUGCAGAAGGCGGCUCGGAGGCAGGCCAAGCAAGAGGAGCUCAAGCGGCUGCACCGAGCCCAGAUCAUCCAGCGGCAGCUGGAGCAGGUGGAGGAGAAGCAGAGGCAGCUGGAGGAGAGAGGGGUCGCAGUGGAGAAGGCCCUCCGCGGAGAAGCAGUUGAGCCCAGUGGCGGGACUCCACGGCGUAGACCUCUCUCCUUCUGCCCUUGCUGUGUCCAGGAAGGCAUGGGCAAGAAGGAUGACCCCAAGCUGAUGCAGGAGUGGUUCAAGCUGGUGCAAGAGAAAAAUGCCAUGGUGCGCUACGAGUCGGAGCUCAUGAUUUUUGCCCGGGAGCUGGAGCUGGAGGACCGGCAGAGCCGACUGCAGCAAGAACUGCGUGAGCGCAUGGCCGUGGAAGAUCACCUGAAGACAGAGGACGAGUUGUCAGAGGAGAAGAAGAUCCUGAACGAGAUGCUGGAGGUGGUAGAGCAGAGAGACUCCCUGGUGGCCCUCCUGGAAGAGCAGCGGCUCCGGGAAAAAGAGGAGGACAAGGACCUGGAGGCCGCCAUGCUGUCGAAGGGCUUCAGCCUGAACUGGUCCUGAGCUCCCGCAGGCCCACUGGCUUGUGUGUUGGCGCCUGCCUGCCAGCCUCUCCCAGCCCCCCAGAGUUGGAGCCAACAUCCGAGGAGAUGGGCGCUGCCUGGGAAUCCACUUCAGGGCCAGGUUCUGUGGGCAAGCCCGAGGCUCCAGAGAUUACCGGAGGAGAUGACCUUCCGCCUCCUGGGAAGAGGCCCACGGGAAUUCACGCUUGCGAGGGGACGGCACAGUCCUGAGGCUGCAGCCUGGUGCCCCUUCCUUUUGCUGGCACAGUUGGUGAGGGAGGAAGCUGUUCUCUCUCUUUGAAGCCACCACAGCCACGGGGCGCACUCCACGGAGCAGUGCAGCUGUUGUCUUCACACUUCCUGAAGUACCACCAAAGAAAGGAAAAGACACCCCGCAAAGCAGGUCACAGACAGAGACCCGCAGGAGGGCCAAGGCCGCCGGGGCAGUGCCCAAGCCAGCAUCGCAGCGGAAGCCGAUGCUGGCUCCAAAUCCAUUCUGCAGCUUCGGAGGAUGCAGGAGGGGUCAGCCCCACCCUCCCACACACUGGCCCUCGAGUGGCCAAAGCCCCAGGCCUCAGCUCUCACUGGCCGUAGCCUGAGGCCUGUGGAUUGCUGCAUUUUGCUUUUAGUUCACAACCAUUUUGACACUGGAAAGUACUGGGUUUGAGGGCUGGGGAGGCCCCACUCGUCGAGCCCCCUGCUGACAGGCACUGUCGUUGUUCAGCGCUUCCCACGGGCAGGAGCUUCCGUUCUGCCUGGGAGUUCUUCCUGCAUUUGCACAUUGAAAAGAAGCUGACAACUUGGCACGAUGCUCAGCCACUUCGGACCCUUUUUGGCAAUUAACUUAUUUUUUUAAUACUUGAAAAGAAGCAACUUCAUUUUUGUAUCCUUGCUAGAGACACUGAUCACCUGGCACCUGCGUGUAGGAGUGACAGAGAGGUCUCUGCGACGUCCCCCAAGAGUCUGAUUGGAGACUGAACACUCGUUACAUGCAUCUAUUUAUUAGCUUCUUUGUAGUGUUACUGACCUGGUUGGCGUCAGAGAGCAGCUCAAGGCCCUCUGGACCCUUGUUCACAGCUUUCCUGUUCCUUCCAGUAACUGUCACCUGCCCCCGCCCCCGCCCCCCCAGCCUGCCCUUGCUGUGGCACUGGGCUUCUACAUCAAAGAUGCAUCUCAGUGCUGCCGGGGAAAAGCUGAGAGGCAGAGAUGCCACUCUGUGCUCUCCCUUUGGGAUGUUUCUCUUGGUUUUGGUGCCAGGGUGCCACCUCCCUCUGCAGGUAUGUUCAAGCUGGGGCGUAAGCCUCCUUGGGCUGGCGAGACCAUGAAGGCUGGGACCACGGACCUGGUGUGGCCUAAGGGCCAGCGAGACUGGAGCACAGGCACUGGGACUUAAGCUGCUCCAAGGCAAACAGCGACACUGGCCCUCUGUUCUGUCCUCGUACUAGGGUCUGGGGCCGCAAGGGCUAGCAGGCACUGUGUAACCACUGCACAUGCCAAACUGCUCGUUCUUGUGGCUCAGCCAGAGACUAGCUGGACACAGCUCGCCCAGAACACUGAGGAAGCAGGGUCGGAGCAGAGGGAUCACCCAGUGUCAGUGCUAGGCCCAUCCAGGAGAGGGCAUUGCGGCCACUCCAUGUGGGAUGGGCAGGGGGCUGCGCUGACCUUGGUUUGCACGGAACCACACUGUGCCUCAACUUCAUUCAUCCAACUACAAAGGCGCCAAGAACCUGUCUUCUUCUUCACUGUGUCUACAUGCUGCCAUCUGUCCUUGGGGACCCAAAUGUCCUACAGCCACCGCAGCUUGGGCCUCCGUAUCCUGAUGGCCAUCGAGGCAGUCUCCACAUGUGUUCAGGGCAUAUUUUCCAUUCCAUCUUCCAACCUGUGUCCCCAAUAACCAUCAGACUGGAGACAGGACCUUCAUUGCCCAUGUGGCCUUUUCCCCUACUCUCUUGUCUCCAGCUGCAAGCCCAGCAGAAUUGGCUCUGGCCCCUUUGUCCUACUAACCCUGGAAGAAAAAAGCAGUUUCCAGAGUGGCCGCAGCAACAGUGUCGUGCUUCCGGGGGCCUCGCGUUGCAGGACGCCAGGCUUCCUCAGCCUCCUGCUGCUGCCCAGUCCCGGCCACCUUGACGCCGCUGCAUCCUUCCGAAGCACAUGCUGCUGCCUAUGCCCAGUUUCAAGGGGGCCAAAGACCCCAGAGAGGCCUCACGAAUCCACCAGCCAGCCACGUGUCCCCCAGCUGUCACUCACAGCGGUAUUAGGACUUCAGGUUCUCAGAGAGCACUUUUUCUUUUUAAAGCUCCGAGUUUGUAGCCACUAGUUGUCUGGAGCGUGCUGGGGACUUGCUGCGUGGAUUGUUUUCUAUCUCUG